UUCAGUCGAACGUAAAACAAUAUUUGGUAUUUGGUAUGUUUGAAUGUGUAAUUUACUAAUUUUGGAGGAGUUAGAAAUUAAAUAAAUAAUAUGAACACUGUGUAAUUACUGUUGGAAGUUCAUUAUUAAUGGCGCUUAAGGGAUAUCAUUGAGGACAAUGCAGCUAAAAAAUAUUUUAGUAGAAACAUGAUAGAGAGUUUACAAAUGUUUUUAUUUUUAUUUAAAUCAAAAUACAGGCGGAAAAUUUAUGUGUUAGAGUUAGUCAUAGGAAUAAUUUUUAGUGUUUCAUACAUUGUUUCUGCAAAGUGUAAUGAUACUUCAUGUGGUGACAAUGGUGUGUGUAAAAAUGAGACUUGUGUGUGCUAUGACGGCUGGCAGGGACCUCACUGUCAGUUUUGUGGCGGAAAGGUGAGGCUGGCCGCAUCUUCAGGAACUAUACAUGAUGGAUUAGGCAAUUACUCGUUAACUAGUAAAUGCAGUUGGCUAAUUGAUGCUCCCAAUUCUACAAUAACUUUACAUAUUGAAGAAUUUGCUACUGAAUGUGGUUGGGAUCACUUAUAUGUAUUUGAUGGAGAUAGUGUGGAUUCUCCAUUAUUGGCAGUACUCAGUGGCUUGAUGUAUAAAAAUGCAUAUAGUAUUAGACGAAUACCAGAGAUUACAACUCAUUCUGGAUCUGCUUUGAUCCAUUUUUUUAGUGAUGAUGCCUAUAAUAUGUCAGGAUUUAAUGUGUCCUAUCGGUUGAAUGCUUGUCCAUCUGUGAUAUCUGGCAUAGACUGUUCUGGAAAUGGAAUUUGUAUUGAAGGUAUAUGUACUUGCAAUGGAGGAUGGGGUGGUUUAGCUUGUCAUUUAGAAAACUGUCCCAAUAAUUGUGGAGCUUCGCAUAACAGAGGGAUUUGUGAACCUGAAAAAGGCUGUUCUUGUUUUGGUAAAUAUAAAGGUGAUGACUGCAGUCAAAUAGCUGGCAAUGGUUUCUGGGAAGCAAUAAAAGUUCAAGGAUUUAUACCCCCGGGUUCUGCAUCUCAUGGUGCAGCUGUUUGGAGAGAUUCAAUGUAUAUAAUUGGUGGGGAAAGUUAUAGUAGGAGUGCUUUACUGUAUGUCUAUGAUUUUAAUGGUAAUGUUUGGGAAACACCUCAUACUGUGGAAGGUCCAUCCAUGAGAUAUGGUCACUCUACAGUAAUAUAUGGUGAUAAAAUAUUUUUAUAUGGUGGAGUAGUUGGUAAUCAGGGACCCACAUCUGAACUUUGGGCAUUUGAUAUUAGUGCUAAAAUUUGGGAAAAUGUAACAGUUAAAGCUGCUUCUUGUAAUGGUAGUUAUUUAAUGUGUGGUCCCUUGAAAUCUGCUGGUCAUACGGCCACAGUAGUAGUAAAUAGUAUUAACAAGAAGGCCGACAGAAUGGUUGUAAUAUUUGGUCAUUCUCCUUAUUUGGGUUAUUUAAAUACUGUUCAGGAAUACUAUUUUGGUACAAGAGAAUGGCAUAUAAUUAAUACAAAAGGGUUUCCUGUUAAAGGUGGUUAUGGUCAUACUGCUAGUUUGGAUCUCUUGACUGGAAAAAUUUAUGUUUAUGGGGGAAUUAUUUCAGAAAGUGAAUCGGCGCAGUUUUUAAGUAAUAGUUUGUAUUCAUAUGAACCUAGUGAAAGAAUUUGGACUUUAUUAGCUGAAGCACCUUCUCCAAGAUAUCUACAUACGGCAACAUUUAUUUCAGAAGGAUUGAUGCUAGUUUUUGGUGGUAAUACUCACAAUGAUACAUCACACAGCUUUGGGGCGAAGUGUUACAGUUCAGAAUUAUUGAUAUAUGAUGUAUUUUGUGACACAUGGACUGUUUCAACUGUGCCAAAAAGUUUAAAUAGUGACUUGGCUAGAUUUGGACAUUCAGCUGUUAUAUUUGAAGGCUCUCUAUAUAUUUAUGGAGGCUUUAAUGGACAAAUGUUAUCUGAUAUAUUGAAAUAUACCCCUGGAGACUGCAAUUUUAAUAAUGAAACUACUUGUUUAAGUGCAAAAUCAGGUGUCAAAUGUGUUUGGGAUUCAAAAACUAAUUCUUGUACCUCAAUAUCACAUAUACCAAAAGACUUAGUCCUAAAAAAGGAGGAAACUCAUAUAAUUUGUUGCCCUAAAAUAAAUCGUUCUGCAGCUACACAAAAUUUGAUAAAAAGGAAGAGGAAAUGUGAGUCUAUGGAAGACUGUUUAAGUUGCGUUCAAACUACUACUGAAUGUGUUUGGUGCAGUAGUUCUUGUACUUUAAAUAAUAAGUGUCCAAAAUUAAAUGGGAAUAUAACUGAUUUAAAUCCAAUAUUGACUUUAGAAAACUGCCCUUUAGAUCCAACACCAAUUUGUAAUCAGUUACAUACUUGCAAAGCAUGUACUUCUCAACCAUUUUGUCGUUGGAGAUUUGAACAUGCGAAAUGUGUACCUCAUCCCCUAAAUUCUAAUAUUUCAGCAGAGGCAAUUGAACCAAUGCAGUGUCAAAGUGUUUGUUCAGAAUAUAUUUCCUGCUUAAAUUGUACACAAGAAGAAUGUAUUUGGUGCCAGAAUGAAGGCCGGUGUGUAGAUAAAAAUGCAUAUACUUCAAGUUUUCCUUAUGGUCAAUGCAGAGAAUGGACAACAAUAGGAACAAAAUGUCGUACUAGAGGAAGUGAUGAAAAUUCUCAAUGUAGUUUUUACAAAACAUGUGCUAAAUGUAGAGAUGAUCCAGCAUGUGGAUGGUGCGAUGAUGGUUCCAAAACUGGUUUAGGUUCUUGUAUGCCAGGAGGUUACGGAGGUCCAACUCUACAUACUCAAUCAUUACCUUCAAAUACUUGUUUGUCUGAUGUUUGGCACUUUACUACUUGCCCAAUAUGUCAAUGUAAUGGACAUAGUAACUGUAUUGGUAAUAGUAGUGUGUGUAUGUCUUGUGGAAAUUUAACAACAGGAAGUCAUUGUGAAUAUUGUAUAAAAGGUUAUUGGGGUAAUCCCGUAAAUGGAGGCAAGUGUACUCAGUGUAGUUGUAAUAACCAAGCAGAUGAUUGCCACAGAGAAUCCGGAAAAUGUUAUUGUAGUACAAAAGGAAUUAUUGGAGACCAGUGUGAGAAGUGUGAUACAACAAAUCAUUACCAUCCUGACCCAAACAAUAAAUCAUGUUACUAUGACCUAACUAUCGACUACCAAUUUACGUUCAAUCUCUCUAAGAAAGAAGAUAGACAUUACACCCAAAUAAAUUUUAGAAAUUCUCCUGUUAAAGCAGAUAUUGAUGCAGAUUUUUUAAUAACAUGUUCUGUAUUAGCAAAGAUGAAUAUAACUAUACGAAAAGGAAAUUCGCCAGAAGAAAUACCUAUACAUACAAAUUUCAACUGUACUACAUUCAGGUGGAGGUUUUCCAAAACUGACUAUAAUUUUGGCAUAGAAGAUAAUAUUACACUGACCACUUUUUAUGUAUAUGUGUAUGAUUUUCAACCACCUUUAUGGAUUCAGAUAUCAUUUAGUCAGUACCCCAAAUUGAAUUUACAACAAUUCUUCAUAACAUUUUCAUCAUGUUUUUUAUUACUCCUGCUGGUGGCUGCUAUUCUAUGGAAAAUAAAACAAAGAUAUGAUUUGUAUAGAAGGCGUCAACGUUUUUUUGUUGAAAUGGAGCAAAUGGCAUCACGUCCGUUUUCACAAGUAUUAGUAGAAUUGGAAAUUAAAGACAGAAUAGAAUUAAAUAUUUGCAUAACUGAUAAAAAAAUAAAAAUAAAAGAUGUUCCAAGUCCUAUAGCGCUAGAACCAUGUUACGGUAACAGAGCUGCUGUUUUAAGUUUACUAGUACGACUACCAACAGGUGGAGAAGCAUUUACUUCUAAAGGACAAUCUGCAGGGCUGGCUGUUGCUAGUGCUUUAGUAACUUUGGGAUAUCCAAGAAAAAUAAGUAUGGAUCAAAUAAAAUCUGAAAAAUCUGGAAAGCUGAGGAAACUGCAAAGUCAACAUCCUGAUAGUUGUCUUUAAGACUUCACUUAUUUGAUCUCAGGAAUUAAAUUGUGUUUUUAAAUACUGUGGCAUGUAAUUUACUUUGUUUUUUUUAAAUAUCACUAGAAAAAAACAUUUAUUAAU